CCCCACCUGAGGAAGAGCUGAGCAGUUCCGGGAUCUGAUGUCGGCCUAGCAAAAGAGCUAAGUCGUUUGCUAACAGCUAACCCAAGAAGGACUGGAACGACUACCACCCCACAGGCAAGACAACACGCACGUUUGACACAAUGAGUAUCCAGCAUUCUACAAACUGAGGAAGAUGGUGAUCAAGACCCAGAACUACCGUUGAAGGAAAUCAUGCAUCAGAACAUCUGACAGCUGCAUUGUAGAGACAAAGAUGCAAAAUGGAAAAGAAGUUUUGCACACAGAGACUGUUGAGGUGGGAACGGUUACCAAACCCAGCCGCAAACCAAGUUUGGUGGCACCUCUGAGGACUUGCUGGGGUUCUUCUCAUAUAAUGAGUUAAUACUGCCACCACUAAUAGACUGGAGACAGUAGUCUCAGAAGAUCAAAGAGUUGGAUACCAGCGCCUUUUACUUGCAAAGGCAAAACUUGACUUUUUUUCCCCCCAUUUGUUUUCAGCACAUUACAAAAAUUAACUUCCGACUGGACUUAUGUUUGAUGUUUAGCAGAUUCUCACUCUCAACUUAAACUGAAUUUAUUUUCAGUUGGUUUUCCUUGUCUGUCGCCAUCCUCAGUUUCUUUCCCACCCAGUGCCUAAGGAAACCCUGUAGGGACCAUCACAGAAGUCAUCCCUCUGUCCUUUUGCUUUUCCUCCCCUAUGUGUUCUUGCCCUAACCUGGCUUUACUACCUCUUUGAUAUUACUUUCUUUGUCUCCAUAUUUUAUUUUUAGAGGAAAUCUUUAUUAUAGUUAUAAGCUUUAGUUCUAUCACCAAGUUUAAGGAGUGGAAAGAAACCUAGAUUGUUACAAUUUCUGUGUUUUUUAAACUCUCUGCCCCUUUGAUCAUCCACAGCAGUGUUUAUAUAAUUGCACCAAGAUUAAUUCAAACUCUUGCACCAAAUAUUGAUGCAUUUAAGCCAUACAAAAAUAUUUAUCAAUUUCAUAUAUUUUUGUAUCAUUUUAAUUUUCUUCAGCAGCAAAUUUUUUGAAUACAACUGAAAUUUGUUCAUGAGCUUAGUACACGCAUUGAGAUUUGUAUUUUGUAUCCAUCUACUAGAGGAAAGCCUUGCUUUUAAAUCAGUGCCAGGGUACAUUUAGAUUGUGCACAUAGAAUUCCUCAUGUUUCCAUUCAGCUGCUGCUUUGCAUAGUUUUGGUUUUCUUCUCCAUUCUGCCGCCAUGGCUCCUCCUCCCAAGCUAACACUAGAUUCACCAUUUGACCUGUGAACCCCCCCUCCCAGAGCUGAUAGACUGUAGAUCUCUUUCUCCGUCUGUCUUCUUUCCCCCCUCUCUCGGUCCCUAAUGCCGGGUGUGAGCAGUGGGGGAGGUGGGGGAGGAGUAGGGACGGCUGUUUCCUCUCCUCCCCGACCGUUUCGACCGAGCCGAUACGUCCCAGUGUCUGCAGCCACCACUUUCCUCGUUGGAUCUACAUCCCUCUUCUUCUGUUUCACAUGCCCGUGGUUGUCUGAUUCUGUUUCUUCGGUUGUCCCCAUUUACAUCGCCGUGAUCUUCAUUUUCACUCUUGCCAACUUUUGCAUGGCGACUUUCAUGGAUCCUGGAAUCUUCCCCAGAGCGGAAGAGGAUGAGGACAAAGAGGAUGAUUUCCGUGCUCCUCUCUAUAAGACGGUUGAGAUCAAAGCUAUCCAGGUGCGCAUGAAGUGGUGCUCAACCUGCCGCUUCUACCGCCCUCCACGCUGCUCGCACUGCUCAGUCUGUGACAACUGUGUGGAGGAUUUUGACCACCAUUGUCCGUGGGUGAACAACUGUAUCGGCCGGAGGAAUUAUCGUUACUUCUUCCUGUUUUUACUUUCUCUCACCACCCACAUCAUUGACGUGUUUAGCUUUGGCUUGGUUUAUGUCCUGAACCACCGCCAGCAGCUGGACACGCCACACGCUGCCGUUACUAUGGCUGUUAUGUGUGUGGCUGGCUUAUUUUUCGUCCCAGUUGCUGGCCUAACUGGGUUCCACAUAGUGCUGGUGGCCCGCGGUAGGACCACGAAUGAGCAGGUGACAGGAAAGUUUCGAGGAGGAGUUAACCCUUUCAACAAAGGCUGUUUAAAGAACAUUUCACACAUCCUGUGUCGGGCUCAGGCCCCCAGGUAUACAGGACGCCCAUAUAUGCAUCAGAAAAUGGAAGUACAGCCACCGUUUCUCAGACCUUGUCUUACUGAGGCUCAGCUAGAAGCCAAAAUUCUGGACAAUGGCAUACAGAAUGACCAGCAUAGCACAAGGUCUAAGAGCAGUCUAGAUCAGAUGGAAAGCCAGUCAGCUGACGCAGAGGCUCCACCUCCUCCAAAGCCGGAUCUUCGUUACUCUGGCUUGCCUCCUGCUGACACUGAGGAGAGCAGUUUGUUAACUGAAGCUCCACCCACACCAUCCAUGUUCAAGUACAGACCACCUUACAGCAGCCCGGGAAGGAACCAUUCUGCUCUUUCACAUUCGAAUAAGAUGAUCCGCGGUGAGAGCCUUGACUCUCCGUGCCCCUCCAUCCUCAAGUCUAGCCGCCAACCUAGCUAUCGCUCGGAGCCAAGUAGCCUGGAUGGGGUCACGCUGGUGGGGGGAGGUGUAGGGGUGCGCAGAGGGGGAGGGGAGAGGGGUGAGGGCUCCGGAGGCCCUGGCGGAGCUGCCGGUGGGGUAUUGGGAGGCGUGUCAGGGCACUCCCUGGCUGGGCGCUCCUACACCUCCUACCCGUCUUCGCUGGUUCUGUCUGCCGCCGGCUCGCGCUCCUCCAGCCUGCGCUCAGCACAGAUUGCACACAACCCUUUGGCCACGCUCCAGUCAGAGGGCACUACAGACACAAGCUACAAAAGUCUGGCCAAUCAGACGCCUCGGAACGGCAGCCUGUCCUAUGACAGCCUGCUGACGCCCUCCGAGAGCCCUGAGUUCGAGUCAGCCGCUCAUGAGCUGUCGCCGCAGAAGCCUCCCGGCCCCUUUCCCUCGUCAGCUAAAGCUGGCCAGCCUAAGGUGGUGUCACCCAGUAGCCCGCUGAAGGGCUACACGUCGCCCUUCCUCUCGGCUCAGAUCGCCCAGCAGAGGGAGGGGCAGCUGCUCCAGGGCUCUGCCACUUUCUCCUCCCCUCAUAGGGCCUACCUUCGUGCUGUCAGCCCACCACCCCCCACCUCCCCUCGGCCUCCAGAGGCCCAGCACCUGAUCCAGUAUGGCCAGGACCUUUCCUCCCGAGCCCUUCGUAACACGUCCUCCUUGUCCUCUUCCCCCGGGGCUCGUUUGCUAGAGCCUCCUAUCUCCCCGCCUCCUCGUGGCCUCUCCCUCAGCAAGUCCACAGCUUACACUGGGGAGACAGGGUCUCAGUACAAGCUUCGGCCUACAGGAGGGGGCACUAUGGUGGUAGGGGGAGAAGUCGGAGGAGGGCAUCAUGCUCCACACCCUUCUCUUCCUCCCUGAUCUGUAUCCACCUUUCGCCCAGUUUUGGCCAAUCACACAAUAUCCAAACCAGCGGGCGGGGUGAAGAAGGUAACCGGCGUUGGAGGGACCACAUAUGAGAUUUCAGUUUGAGUGACACUAUUGCGAGGACGAGGGAGGACGGUCGAUCGUCUACUUGGCUCUCGCCCGAGCAGAACAAUAAUCAAGAAUCCAGGCUCGUGGUGAAGGAGUUUCCUGCUGGACUGCUCUAAAGUAGCAAGCCUGUGUGGUACUCACGUUGUCCUUUUUUAAAAACGCCACUAGCCAACUCUGCCAGCCUUUCAGUUUGGAACAAAAACAAACUGGGGACACUGAGGUUUCCAUUCAACCCCCUUUGUGAGCCAUAGACUGAUAUGACUGUGUCAACACGGCUGGGUACAGAUAUGCUGAGAAAACAUGCGUCUAUUUUUCUUGAUUUUUUUUUUUUUUUUUCUUCUUAGAACAUGAGGAGUUUUCACAAAAGUUAAGGAAAAGAUUUAACUCAAUUUUAAAAGGUAGGAUUUGAGGCUGUUGACCAAUAGAAACACCUGAAUGGACCACACAGUCAGAAAAAAACCCAACCUGUAAACAGUAUCAUUUUAGUUUUAUAAACAUUUUUUCUUAAUAUGGUUUUAUAUUUGUGUAUAAAAUAGUACCGAUCGUUAUUGGGUGAAAUUGUCAGGUAUUGAAAAGCACUAUUGAUGAGGUUGGCAAAUGUACUGUAUGUUCUUAUUCAUGGAAGCAACACCAGAGCGGGAUCCUGUUUGCUGUUGAUGGCUGCAUCAGCCACUCUCGAGCUUUUGCUGGAAUUUUAUGUCGUCCAAAGAGAAAUCGAGAUCUUGUAUCGGACAACUAACGUGAAAAUAAUUACGAUUAUUUUUGAAAGCCACAAGGAAACUUUUAAUUCUCACGACUGCAGCACAAGCAUCUUUGUGGAAUGUACGCUUGUAAUGUGUAUGCUAAAGACAUUAUGCAAAAUCUCUUUGUAGCUUUAAGAUCUUUCUUUUUCUGUGUUUUAGUUUAUCCUUUUCUGUGAUAUCUGUCUAACAGUUGAGAGGCUAGCGGCCGCAAACGUUAACUGGUGGCCAGCCACAAAGGAGCAGUGAGGGAAGGGCUUAUUUAUUUCAUCACAAAAUACAACUUUGAACACAAGUUUUUUUUUUUUUUAAGUCUGUUAAUGAAGACAAAAAGACUAAAUCUGAAUAUUUUAAUGAAAGUUUAUGAGCAACAUCAAAUAAAUUGAGGGACUAGUAUUUGGUUUGAUUCUGUGUUUAUUGGGUGAUGCCUUGAGUUUGUUUCUAUUUAAUUUUUUUAUUCACAUUUUUUUUUCAACAUUUGCUGGAAAAAAAGUCAAGCAGAAUAGAUUUUACUUGUCAAUUUGUUUUGUUCAUUUAGAGAUGUUCAUCAUAAGAAUUAAUCAGACAAUAUUUAGGUAUUAUUUAUUUCAUUUUUUCCCCCAUCAUUCAUUGCAGCAGCAAUGAAUAUGACACAUCUUUAGAGCGGAGAGAGUAGAUGCUGUAAGCACAUUGUUGACCUAAACAACUUUUGCAGAUUUUUAACUGACCAAGCUUUGUCUUUGGUAUGCAUGUUUUGUUAUGGGCAUUUUUUUAUUUAAAUUAGAAAUGUUGCUGUCAAUCCCUACCCAGUUUAGUUGUGGGUUGCAAAAGGAAACAACUUUUCAUGGCCAAAGCGUCUGCCAUGGAGAGAUUAAAAAGGUUGUUUUUCUGCUCCAGCCAAGGAUUGUAGCCACUGAACAAUCUGAAAUAUGUGUGCGUGUUAACAGUACACUUAAAAGUGAAAAAUAAAAAUACUGCUGUUGUGAGCUGUGAUGAAUGGAACUAGAUUCACAAAUAUCUGUAACAAGUACAUUAAAAACAUUUCCAAAAUGGCCUUACAAAGAAUUUUUAAGAAAAUGUCUUCUAGAAAUAAAAGGUCAAACUUU